AUGAAUAACAGCAAAGAAAUUGCAGAAAUUCUUAUUUCAAAUGGUGCAGAUAUCAAUGCUAAAACUAAAGAUGAAUUUACCCCUCUUCAUUCUGCAGCCAUGAAUAACAGCAAAGAAAUUGCAGAAAUUCUUAUUUCAAAUGGUGCAGAUAUCAAUGCUAAAACUAAAGAUGAAUUUACCCCUCUUCAUUCUGCAGCCAGGGUUAACAGCAAAGAAAUUGCAGAAAUUCUUAUUUCAAAUGGUGCAGAUAUCAAUGCUAAAACUAAAGAUGGAUGUACCCCUCUUCAUUCUGCAGCCAUGAAUAACAGCAAAGAAACUGCAGAAAUUCUUAUUUCAAAUGGUGCAGAUAUCAAUGCUAAAGGCGGAGAUGGAUGUACCGCUCUUCAUUCUGCAGCCAUGAAUAACAGCAAAGAAAUUGCAGAAAUUCUUAUUUCAAAUGGUGCAGAUAUCAAUGCUAAAACUAAAGAUGGAUGUACCCCUCUUCAUUCUGCAGCCAUGAAUAACAGCAAAGAAACUGCAGAAAUUCUUAUUUCAAAUGGUGCAGAUAUCAAUGCUAAAGACGGACAUGGAUCUAUCCCUCUUGAUUAUGAAGAGUGA